UUCGGCGGUGCGCGGGAGGGGAGGGGCCGAGCCGCCGCCUCGCGUGGUGCGCCGCGUGCCGGGCGUUGCCCCGCGGCCGUCGGACGGCGGUGGGUUCGGUGGUUGAGAGAGCGGGACGGACGCGGCUCCGUCGGGUAGGCGCGCCAUGGCGGGGCCCGGCCCGCAGCCCGGAGCGGACGCGGCAUUCGGCGAGCAGAGCUUCGGCUUCGCCGCCGCGGAGCUCAGCCUGGUGGAGAUGGCGGACGUGGAGUACGGCCAGCUGCAGCACGCGCUGUACGCGCAAGCGGAGCCGCGGGCCGCCGAAGGCGAGGCCGAAGCCGGGCCCGACGCUGCGGUUCCCCCGGACGAGGGCUGCGCCUCCCGCGGCCCCGCCGGCCCGCCAGCCUUCCCCGGCCUCUGCCAGGCGGGAGUGACCGCCGACGGCGGCGCGCCCGGUUCGAACCCCUGCGUGGGGCACGCGGACUUCCAGGAGCGCAGGAUGAUGUUGCUCGGUGAGGUGAACCCCCCUGCCGGCCAAGCGGACAAAACGCCCAAGGGUGGCUCCGAGGAAGUCUCGGGGUGCGGCUUGUUGAGGGCGAAACACGGUGAGAGCUUUGCUGGGGUGAGCAAAGGGAGCGUAGUGGUUGAGCGUGUGGCGAUGGCAGCCGAGCCCAGAUCGAAAUCUGCAGUCAGAGUUCGAUUGGAGGACACGUUGAACGGCGUCCAGACAGAAAGCCCCAGAUGCCAAGAACCCCAAGAAUCUGGAGUGACUCUUAACAACUUGGUAACAUUGAUUCAGCAGCCGUCAGAGCUGGUCGGUGUCCCCCUUCAUCAGCAUCAGAACAAGUGUGCAGCGGUGGUGAAAAACAAGAGCACACCCACCACGCCUUCUGCACAGUUCACGCAUCCACUGUUUGCCAUGAGUGCGUGUUCUGCUGCUGGAGCUGCUAAUUCCUCACAGGCUCAGGCCUCUGGAACAUCUUGUGCUAUCUUGGAAUCUGCCACGCAUCAAGAGAUUGGGAUUCCCAGAACAUUCUCUUUCUGUUACCAUCAGGAAAUGGAAUCCACAAAACAGACAGUAGGUGCUAUGAAUAAAGCUUUGCCUGAGGAAGUUUGGAUUAAAGUUGGAGAAGACACCUUAUGCAAGCAAGCGGUAAACAAACGAAGUUGCAGCCGAAUAAGCCCAAUGGAUGCAAACAUAGAUCGCAAACCUCUUAGUGAGAUACAAAAUAUGCGAGAUAGCCAGAGCACUGCAGCUGCACAGGGCCCCUGGCAGUCAGCACAGUCACAUUCCAGUGUGCAGGUACAGAGUGGUACGCAGGAAGGAGUUACUCAGCGGAGAGAAAGACAUAACCGCAUGGAGAGAGACAGAAGGCGCAGAAUCCGGAUUUGUUGUGAUGAACUGAAUCUUCUGGUUCCGUUCUGCACUUCUGAAACUGAUAAAGCAACGACCUUACAGUGGACAACUGCAUUUCUGAAGUAUAUUCAGGAAAAGCACGGCGAUUCUCUGAAAGAGGAAUUUGAGACCGUGUUCUGUGGCAAAACAGGCAGGAGACUGAAAGCACCCAGGUCGGAUUCAUUUGUAACGUGUCCAGUUCAGGAGAGCGCGCAGCAUGGCUAUGGAGACCAAGUAGCCUUGAAUUGCCUGAGCGUGGAUAAAUAAGG